AUGCACCCGCCCGGCGCCCUGCUCGCCAUGGCCGAGGGCGCCUUCUCGCUGUCCGCUCAGGCGGCGCGGAGCCCCGGGGGGAACCCGUCGAGGCUGCACAGCAUCGAGGCCAUCCUGGGGUUCACCAAGGAGGACGGCCUGCUGGGCCCCUUCCCGCCCGACGGCAGCGCCGGCAGCGCCAAGGAGGCGGACAGGCGCGGUCCCCGGCACUGCCUCCCCAAGAUGCCCGGAGAGCCGCCGCCGGCCGAGCCCCAGGGCCGCGCCGAGCGUUUCCAAGAGCCGUACUGCCCCGGCAGCGCCAGCCCCGAGCUGCCCGCUGGCAGCAGCGGCGAGGGGAAGCCGUCGGACGAGGAGCAGCCCAAGAAGAAGCACCGGCGGAACCGCACCACCUUCACCACGUACCAGCUCCACGAGCUGGAGCGCGCCUUCGAGAAGUCCCACUACCCCGACGUGUACAGCCGCGAGGAGCUGGCCAUGAAGGUCAACCUCCCCGAGGUCCGCGUGCAGGUGUGGUUUCAGAACAGACGGGCCAAGUGGAGGCGGCAGGAGAAGCUGGAGGUGACCUCCAUGAAGCUGCAGGACUCACCCAUCCUCUCCUUCAACCGCUCACCGCAGGCAACACCCAUGGGUCCUCUCAGCAGCAACCUGCCCCUGGAGACGUGGCUCAGCCCACCUGUGCCCAGCAGCACGGCCCUGCAGACCCUGCCCGGCUUCGUGGCCUCGCCGCAGAGCCUGCCCGGCAGCUACACGCCACCGCCCUUCCUGAACUCUCCGGCAGUGACCCAUGCGCUGCAGCCCCUGGGGGCCAUGGGGCCGCCGCCGCCUUACCAGUGCGGGGCCACCUUUGUGGACAAGUUCCCCUUGGACGAGGCAGACCCGCGCAACACCAGCAUUGCUGCCUUGCGGAUGAAGGCCAAGGAGCACAUCCAGUCCAUCGGCAAACCCUGGCAGACAAUCUGAACUCCCUCUUCGGCACCUGGGAGAAAUCCACGGGGAAGGCCGGUCCUGGGACACCCAAGAGACGCCCUUGCCCUGCUCUGGCUCCCCCGGAUGGCCAGGCAAGGGAGGGCUGUCCCUUGCACCAGCCGUUCCCCCACGCCUUGACUUGCUUUGUAUUUUGUGGUCCUUUUAAUUCCCUUUUCCACAUGCCCUGCAGAGUUAGGGGCCUGAUCAUAGCUUAGGAAAAAAAUCUCUUUUGCUCUGCCUCCUUGGCUGGACGCUUUAGUUGCAAUAAAAGCUGCAGUAGGGCGAAGAGCUGUGUAAGGUGGCUGGGAACCGAGGCCUGCGUUACCUGGGGAGGGUUUUCUGCUUUUGCACCAUUAAAUGGCACGA